CAAAUAACAGUUCACUCGCUGACUAUUUAACGUUAAUACGAACCUGUUUUUUGAGCAGUUGGUCGAGCGAAAUGGACUGCGGAUGUGCGGCGCCCUACAUCGGUCCGUCCCUGGAGAAUACCUGCGGGGGCGGCGCCUUCGUACUCUUCAUGAGCCUCUUGGACACCUUCAUCCGCAAUAAGUGUGAUUUGUCGGAAAUCUGCCAAAGAGUGACCCCCAGGAGGCAACCCGAUGUAGAGUACGACUUUGUGGUGAUUGGCGGCGGCAGCGGAGGGGCGGCAGCGGCUGGAAGGUUGUCGGAGAUGGCGAACUGGAAGGUAUUGCUGAUUGAAGCUGGUGGCGACGAACCCCCGGGCUCACAGGUACCAUCAAUGGUGAUAAGUUACCAUGGGAACCCUAACAUGGACUGGAACUAUAGGACGGAACCAGAGAAAAGUGCUUGUCUUGGGUUCCCGGAGCGACGGUGCGACUGGCCUAGAGGAAAGGUGCUGGGUGGGUGCAGUGUGAUCAAUGGGAUGAUGUAUAUGAGGGGGCACCCAAAGGACUACGAUAACUGGGCAGCGCUGGGCAAUACUGGGUGGUCGUACCGGGACGUGCUUCCAGUUUUCAAAAAAUCGGAAGACAACCAGCAGAUUGGUAACGUCGUGGAGAGUGCGUACCAUGCCACUGGAGGGCCCAUGACUGUGUCCAGAUUCCCGCAUCAUCCCGAGCUGGCAGAUGAUGUUUUAACGGCUGCCAGAGAAUUAGGGUAUCCUGUUAGCGAAGAUCUCAAUGGUCGACAGUACUCAGGGUUUACCAUAGCCCAAGCAACCAUCAGAAACGGCUCGCGCCUCAGCAGCGCCCGUGCGUUCCUCCGCCCGGCUCGCUACCGCCCCAACCUGCACAUAAUGUUGAACUCCACCGCCACCAAAAUUCUUAUCAACCCCAGCGGCAACCAGAAGACCGUCAGUGGCGUCGAGUUCCUGUACAACAACAAACUCCACACCGUCCGAGUAAAACGCGAAGUCGUCCUCGCAGCCGGCGCCGUCAACUCUCCCCAGAUCCUCCUCCUCUCUGGCAUCGGCCCCAAAGCCGAGCUCGACAAGGUCAAGAUUCCCCAGGUACACGAGCUGCCAGGCGUGGGCAAGAAUCUCCACAACCACGUCACGUUCUACCUCACCUACCAAAUGAACAAGGAAAAGGCCGUCAACGACCUCGACUGGGCCACCGCCCUCGACUACAUCCUCAACAGGAGAGGCCCAAUGUCGUCCACCGGGAUGUCGCAGGUGACGGCGAGGAUCAACUCAAAGUACGCGGAUCCCUCGGGAGUACACCCUGACCUGCAGAUUUUCUUCGCUGGGUAUCUGGCGAAUUGCGCUCGAUCGGGGGAGGUGCGAGAGGCGAAGGAUCCCGAAAAGCCAGACGCUCCCAGGCACUUGACUAUCUCGCCGGUGGUGUUGCAUCCCAAGAGCAGGGGCUAUGUGGGACUGAAGUCGAAAAAUCCGUUGGAUCCGCCGCUCAUGUACGCUAACUAUUUGAAUGAAUCGGAGGACAUCGCGACGCUCGUUGAGGGGAUAAGGGUUACACAGAGGCUGGCGAAUACGAGGGUCCUGAAGGAGAAGUACGGACUGGAGUUGGAGAAGGAGGAGUAUGGGGAUUGCGGCACGAGAUAUGCAUACGACUCUGACGACUUCUGGCAAUGCGCCGCCCGCUAUUACACCGGUCCAGAAAACCACCAAGCCGGCUCUUGCAAAAUGGGUCCUUCCUCAGAUCCCAUGGCCGUGGUGGACCCCGAGCUCAGGGUCUACGGCAUCGAAGGCCUCAGAAUAAUGGACGCAUCAGUAAUGCCGGUUCUAGUUUCUGGUAAUACUCACGCCACUGUUGUCAUGAUUGCUGAGAAGGGUGUGGACCUAAUCAAACAGAAAUGGUUGGGUGGAAAUACGUUAGCUAACAGAUUUGGUAGUGGUAGUGCAGGAAGUGACAACCAAAACAGAAACACUGGGACUCAAGGGGGUUAUGGUGGUGGUCACCAGUAUCCCCAUCACCACUACUACCACAAUAAUCAGCAACAUGGGGCUAUGGGCUCAGGGUUCCAGCAUAGCGAGCAGUUUCACAAAACCCAUCCGUAUAUGCCUAAUCCGUUUGUGACGCAAAGACCACAGAGAACUUACAACCAACAGACUGCCUCUGGCUACCCGCAGAAUUAUCAGGGAUAUCAGCAGGGUUAUCAGGGAGCUUACCAGGGAGGUCAGCAGAGUUCUGGUGGACACUAUCAGAAUAAUGCCAGGAAGGGUCAGAGUUAUUCAGGGUAUCAGAGCGAUCAGGGCUACUCUAAUGACGGUAGUUACGAUUAUAAUGGAUAAUGAGGUCGUUGUUGCGAUGAAAUGUACUUUGGGAUUUAGUUAUAGCUUAAGAACGUGAUUUAAUUGUUCAGUGUUUGUGUCACUAGAUGCAAAUUUGUAUUUGCUGAGUAUAGAACAACAUGUGUUUUUUAAUGUAGGUAAUUAAAGUUUUCUCCACACGUUGCACUGUGGACUACUAAAAUCUAUAAGUUUGUUAAAUAUGACGAAAAUAUUACCUUUGUGAUAUGUUUUAGUAGGUAUUCAGUUAGAGCAAAGUAUUUGCUAAGGAUUGACAGCACUUUGUUUUAACUUUUGCUAGAAUUUAUUGUGAAGUACAAUAUAAAAGGAUAAAUCGAUUGAAGUACAGAUUUCUAUCCUUUACGAUUAAAAUACUCCAUAGAA